AUGAAUGAGGCGAAGGAAAUGGAAAUCCUCUUCAAACCAACUAGUGGAGGAAAAAGUAUUGAUGAACUUGAUGCUAGAGAAAUGAAAGGUUUGUUAAAGGUGUUUGUUGCAAAAAUGGCUAAACUUGAUGAAAGAAAGAAAGAACUAAACCAGCCUCCAAAUCCUCCAUCCAACAAAGAAAAUAUUACCUUAUCAGCAAGUCCAAUGGAAGAGUCAUUCAAUGACCCGUGGUUUAUUCAGACUAUAACUACAUUAGGGGAUGGAAGCGGUAUAGAGCCUGCACCAAAAGAAGACAAUGACGUCAAUGUUGAAGAUGAUGGACAUUCCAAUGACCUCGAUUGA